CUCUCUAAACUUUUUCCUAUAUAGUGUUCAUUGCUCUAAUCCAACCCCUUUGUUAUAUGUAAAGAGGCAAAUUAAUUGAGAGAGUGUGCUAUAUAUAUAGAAGCUUGAACCCCCCCAACUCCCUCACAUCCCUCAGGACAAGUUAUAUACAUAGGGCAAAACCCUUCUCUCCCCACCCCCCUCAUCCUCUCUCUCUCUCUCUCUCUCUCUCUCUCUCUCUCUCUCUCUCUCUAAGGUGGGGAGAGGAAAUGGUUGCCCCCUUAUCUUCUUGGCCUUGGGAUAACUUGGGAUCAUGCAAGUAUCUCUUGUAUGGGCCUCUUAUGGCGAAGGGUGUGCAUGAUGCAUGGGAGAAGGGGACGUUGAUGAACUCAUGGUUUCUGCACCUCCUCAUCCUCUUUGCCCUGAGAGGGCUCAUCCACCAGCUGUGGUUCACCUACAGCAACAUGCUCUUCCUCACGCGGCGGCGGCGCGUCGUCAACGACGGCGUCGACUUCAAGCAGAUCGACGAGGAGUGGGACUGGGACAACUUCCUCAUCCUCCAAGCCCUAAUUGGUGCCAUGGCCUUCAACUCAGCCCCAUCACUGAAGGACCUGCCAUUGCUGGACCUCAAAGGGUGCUUAAUUGCACUGCUCCUGCAUGUGGCUCUCUCAGAGCCAGUGUUCUACUGGGUGCACAGGUGUUUCCAUAAAGGCUAUCUCUUCACCAACUACCACUCUCUUCAUCACUCAUCCCCAGUGCCCCAGCCCUACACAGCUGGGCAUGCUACACCCUUGGAGCACUUGGUUCAAGUUGUGGCCAUGGGGACCCCAAUGCUUGGGGCCUUUUUGAUGGGGCAUGGCUCUCUUGGAUUGGUCUAUUGCCACACCUUCAUCUUUGACUACUUGAGGUGCAUGGGCUACAGCAAUGUGGAGGUGUUCCCCUUUGAGCUCUUUGAUUCCUAUCCCUUGCUCAGAUACCUCAUUUACACCCCCACAUACCACAGUUUACAUCACAAAGAGAAGGACUCAAAUUUCUGCCUAUUUAUGCCUAUAUUUGAUGCAAUUGGGAGGACCCUCAAUGAAAACUCUUGGGAGUUGCAGAGGGAGAUAAGAUCAGGUAAGAAUGACCAGGUCCCCGACUUCGUCUUCCUCGCGCACGUCGUGGAUGUGAUCUCCUCCAUUCACGUCGCGUUCGUGUUCCGUUCGAUCAGCGCGAAGCCCUUCGUGUUCAAGCUCAUCUUGUUGCCCUUGUGGCCGCUCGCGUUCAUGGCCAUGCUCAUAAUGUGGCUCCGGUCGAAAACCUUCUUGGUCACCUUCUACAACCUAAGAGGCAGGCUCCACCAAACCUGGGCAGUGCCAAGAUACGGGUUUCAGUAUUUUUUGCCGUUCGCGAGGGACGGUAUCAAUGAUCAGAUCGAGUUAGCGAUACUCAGGGCGGAUAAGAUGGGAGUGAAGGUGCUCAGCUUAGCUGCACUGAAUAAGAACGAAGCACUGAAUGGUGGCGGGACACUGUUUGUGAGCAAGCACCCUGAUCUAAAAGUCAGAGUGGUACAUGGCAACACCUUAACAGCAGCAGUUAUCCUCAAUGAAAUCCCUAACAAUGUGAAGGAAGUUUUUAUAACCGGCGCAACAUCAAAGCUAGGAAGAGCAAUUGCGCUGUACCUAUGUAGGAAGAAAAUUAGGGUUCUGAUGCUGACACUUUCAACAGAAAGAUUUCUGAAGAUUCAGAGGGAAGCCCCAGCAGAGUCUCAACAGUAUCUUGUUCAGGUCACCAAGUAUCAGGCAGCACAGAAUUGCAAGACAUGGAUUGUUGGGAAAUGGCUGUCGCCGCGAGAGCAGCAUUUGGCCCCGCCGGGCACGCACUUCCACCAAUUUGUCGUACCUCCGAUGAUCGGCUUCAGGAGAGACUGCACCUACGGGAACCUCGCCGCGAUGAGGCUCCCCAAGGAUGUUCAAGGACUAGGAAUAUGCGAGUACACCAUGGAGCGAGGAGUCGUCCACGCAUGCCACGCCGGCGGUGUCGUGCAUUUCCUGGAGGGAUGGAGCCACCACGAGGUUGGGGCCAUUGACGUGGACCGCAUCGACGUCGUGUGGAAAGCCGCACUGAAGCACGGGCUAACACCGGUUUGAGCGAAGGGAAGGCCGACAAAUAACACCAUUCAUCCUUCUUGGUUUCAUUUCCUACCUGAUGUAACACAAGAAGCAUAGCUCUCGCAUAUACAUAUGUAAUACAUAUUACAAUAGGACUCUAUGCUUGCACUAUAGUGCUAUUCUUUUAAAUAUAUGUGGGAGGACUUAUGAUAAGGAAACGGAGGAGUUUCAUGCCAUCGAGCUAUCUAUAUAAUAUACUUAAAAGCGUGAACGCAGAAAAGAUUUCUCAAUACUUACGUAGUAUGAACAAUUUCUAAAGAACAGCUUAAAGCAAUUCUGGAGAGUCAUUAUCUGCA